UUCGCAAGUCGCGCGUCGAAGAACAAGCGACAAUGGAGCGCCGACUGCCGCGCGAUGCUGUGUGGAGUGAAAGCCACAUGCAAGCUGUCUCAACUUUAGAUGCAGACUACAAUGACGAGGGAUACACCACGCUGUAUGAAGACCCGACUGGCGACGACAUCCUGUCGCAGAGUACGUUCUUCCAUUCGUGGAUGCGCCACCCCAACGUGGCAAGCCAAUUCUACCUGGAUUUGGCGGGAAAUCCCGCGGUCCAGGUUGGAGUGCACGUGGUGUCGUCCCUUGUACGACGUUGGACGUGCUGGCAACUCAACUGGAAGACCGAAACACUCCGUUCGUUCUUGGAAGUACUUGUGUGGACAAGCGUGACUGCAGUCGCAUACAGCAUUCAUCACGAUGUUCUAUGGGCAGCCCAAAUUGGCUUUUCAGUCGGACUUGCCAUGUCCAUUUGCGACGAAGUGUUUGUCGCUGGCGCCAAAUCUGCGUUUCACUGGAUACAGCAAGAUCCACAUGGAGCAUUGCUUCUGCAACGAUGGGGGUUUGAGGUUGCCACGUCCGCUCCUCACUCGGUCGACAAGGGCGUGGCCGUGAAGCCCGCAAGUAGCGACGACGUCCUUCUCAUUAAGAACGUCAUUUUUGGCGCUCUUGCGUUGGAAUGCCUUCGACAUGUUUACCUCAACACGACCCACGACAUCAAGCAGUUCGCUAUGCUUGCUACGGCCAUGGGCGUUGCUUUUGUUAUGGUCGGCGAGCUGUUUUGCCUGUGGCUGCCAACUCGACGGCUCGGACUCACAGUCCAGUCCCGAUGGACCAACGUCCCGCAGAACUGGAAUGCUCAUUUCCGUCGGUCGGUGUUCGAAGUCACGUGCUGGGUGGCGUCCCUCGUGUACGUGUACAGCACCACGGCGAGCGUGGUCCAUGCAGUCGGUUGGAGCUCCAUCCUCGGUGUCGGCUUGUGCAUUGCAGGCGGCCUCGACCCGUUGACGACUUGCCCAUCUUGCACGGACGACGACAUAAUGUCAUCGUACUGGUCCAAGUGGGCAGGAGGCUCAGGAUGGAUGGACUGCGCCAGCGCCCUCUUGUCCCUUGACAGGAAAGUCGACUAAACAUAGCGCCAUGAUUAAGCUAUGGUUUACCGAAUGCCACAACACUAUGUAUACCUCCUCCAUCGAGUAGAUGCCCUGUACGCAAGUUGGUCGCCAGUUUCCUAGUCGUAAUGACUCCCCCUACGUCGACGCUGCCACCUCGGAAC